AUGGAUGAGUACAGUCUUUCAGCAAUGCUAGAAUCCUUAGGCGAAUUGAAAUCCAGUUUUUCUGCCGCACACACAAGCCUAGAGGAACUGGACUUCGACUCCAUUGCCAGCGACCUGCCAAGUAACUUCGAUGCUGCUCUAAUCAACCUUAGAGCUACACUGCAACGCGAGAUUGGUAAACGUAGUGCCUCGCAACAUUGCUCCACGGUCAGAAUGAACUCCAGUGAGACCCAAUCAAUCAUUGUGAACGAUAAUAGCUCACGCUUGCCAUUGCUGACACUGCCUAAAUUCAGUGGCGCCUACACCGAGUGGACAAAUUUCUAUUCAAUGUUCACGUCAAUAAUCGACAAGGACAGCGACCUCACCAACAUCGACAAAUUGCAGCAUCUUCGUUCCUGUCUGAGCGGCGCUGCCCUUGACACCGUGCGCUCGCUGGAAAUAAACGACGCUAAUUAUAACACUGCAUUAGAUCUUUUACAAAAGCGCUUCGAUAACAAACGUCUUAUAUUUCAGGCACACGUCAGGGAGAUAUUUGGGCUAGAGAGGGCAGAUUCAAACGUAACCAAGCUACGAGAGCUGACAGAUAAGGUCACAGCACACAUACGCGCAUUGCAGUCGCUCGCAUCCAAUGGGAAGAUCGCAGAUGGCAUCAUCGUACAAUUGGUGAUCCAGAAACUCGACAAAAAGACGCAAGCUAAAUGGGAGGAGAGUUCAUCGAUCAGCGAACUGCCAUCCUGGGAUCAAUUAGCUAUGUUCUUGGAGAAGCGCUGCAGAACACUCGAGAACGUUGAGCAUUCUAUGCAGACACCGACUGGUCAGGCGGUAAAAGCUAACAAGAACACUGGGCAUCAAACUCGUGACUGCAAAUCCGGAUCGUGCCGCGCCUGUCAGUCGAAACACCACACGCUCUUGCAUUUCGAACGCUCAACUGCAUCGUUAAUCAAUAGUCAAGCCGAAGCUUCGUCGGCAGCUACAGUUCAAUCCAACGCUAUGACUGCAUCGUUAUCUGUGUCGCCUAGUGCCCCAGUAUCUCCUUCUGAUGCUGUGUUCCUAGCUACUGCCGUCGUUCUGGUAAAAAAUCGUGCUGGAAGCUUCGUGCCUUGCAGGGCGCUUUUAGAUUCUGGCUCCCAGUUACACUUUGUCACAACUCGCCUUGCAAACCAAUUGCAGCUUGUAAAAGCAAAAUCUUCUGCUACAGUAUCUGGCAUUGGAGAUGCCAAUUUCUCAACGGAGGGUUACUCAGUCGACCUCGUACUGAAGUCGCGGACUUCAGAUUUCUCAACAAACAUAACAGCUGUUGUUGUGCAAACCAUAACCGACAACCAACCUGGCUGCUCCGUGAGCACCAACGAGUGGAAUGUUCCGUCGAAUAUACAACUAGCUGAUCCUGGGUUCAACUUACCGCAGCGAAUUGAUCUGCUCAUUGGAGCAGCAUUGUUCUUCGAUCUGCUAUGUGUGGGGCAGAUACGCUUGGCAUACGGUUUACCACUCCUUCAGAAAACACGCCUCGGUUGGUCCUCCAGUGAUAUUAUUUCCACUCGGUUGGAAGAUUUAGUGCGUCAGUUCUGGGAAAUAGAGCACAACUUCGAGCCGAUCUCUAAGGCCUCCCAAGAAGAUAUCGACUGCGAAGCCCACUUCCGGGAAAAUUAUUUGCGAUUGUCAUCAGGCGAAUACUCAGUUCGUCUUCCCAUGAAGCGUGGUGUGGAGGCCCUUGGAGACUCCUAUUUGCAAGCUCGUCAACGCUUCGAAAGUCUUGAACGAAAAUUCGCUCGUAACCCUGAGCUUAAAACAGAAUAUAGUAAGUUCAUAAAGGAAUAUCUGGACCUUAAUCACAUGUCGCUAGUUACCAAUGAGGUUUUUCAACAAUGCAAGUAUUUUCUGCCGCAUCAUUGCGUCAUCAAGGAUGACAGUAGCACAACAAAGCUGAGAGUGGUUUUUGAUGGCUCUGCAUCCACUACUUCGGGCUUUUCGCUGAACGACCUACUCAUGGCAGGCCCAACUAUUCAGCCGAAACUUUUUAAUAUCCUUAUUAGAUUUCGUACUUUUCCCAUAGCACUUACUGGGGACAUCUGUAAGAUGUAUAGGUGUGUUCGCGUCACCCCACCAGAUAGCAUGCUCCAAUGCAUAUUGUGGCGGGAAUCUCCUCAGGAAAACUUUGCCAUCUAUAAGUUAGACACGCUGACUUAUGGAACUAAGCCUGCGUCAUUUCUGGCCAUACGUGCCAUGCACCAACUCGCAGCUGACGAAUCCUCGACUUAUCCCAUUGGUGCAGAAAUAGUGCGUCGAGACUUCUACGUAGAUGACUUGAUAUCUGAAGGCGAUUCGAUGGAAGAAGUACUGAAUAUCAAGCUACAAACAACUAGCCUCCUUGCUCGAGGAAACUUUAAGUUACGCAAGUGGUGCUCUAAUAGUCCAGAUAUCCUUCGUGAUAUACCUGACGUAGACAAGGAACGUUUCCUUAAGUUUGACGAUGGCAGUGACAUCACCAAAGCUCUGGGACUAGUUUGGGAUCCGGUCAAGGACAAGCUGCUAUUUUCGUUUGUGCCACAACGAGAACUCGGUAAAAACUCAAAACGCUCUGCGUUGUCUACUCUAGCUCGCUGUUACGAUCCCCUUGGACUAAUGGGCCCUACGCUGACCAAGGCGAAGAUUCUUCUGCAACGCAUGUGGAGAGACAAGCUUGAGUGGGAUGAGAGUCUACCGCAAUCGUUAAACACCGCCUGGUCUGCCUUUUGCAGCGGGUUUGCAGACAUACAGCACCUAUCAUUUCCUCGUUACGUCUUGCAACCUGGGGCCAUUACAGAAAUUCAUGCAUUUUGCGAUGCAAGCCUUGAAGCUUAUGGGGCUUGCGUUUAUACGCGUUCAGCCAAGGAUAGUAAGUCCGAAGAUUACGUUCGAAAAGCAUUUAUGGAAAUAGGCACCUAUAAGGAGAAGCACACUGAUGUUGAUACGGACUUUAUGGAUUACUAG